AUGGCGUCCGGCGGCCACAUGCACAACUUCACCACCCUCAUCAAGCGGCUCGAGGCAGCCACCUCACGCUUGGAGGAUAUGGCCAUGUCGCUUGAUGACCCUAGCUCACCCAAGAGCAAUGGUGGCCCUCCCUCUUCUGUGCCUGCUACCCCUGAACCCCCUAAGGCGAUUCCUCCUCCCCCCGCGGCCCCGGUAGCGGCCCCGAUUCCUCCCCAGAUUCAAGACUUCGAUGCCUUGAUUAAGGGAGAUGUCCAGAACUUCGUCAACCUCGGAGAGAAAAUUGGAGGCUUGGUUGCUGAGCAGGCUAAGAAGCCCGCGACCCAACCCCCAGAGUUGAUGACCGAUUUGCACAAGGCAUCUGAUAGCAUCAACAACAUUCGCGAAUCAAACCGAGCAUCUCCAUUCUUCAACCACCUGAGCGCCGUUGCGGAGGGUAUUGUUGCACUAGCCUGGUUUUUCGAGAGCAAGCCUGCUGAGUUCGUCACCGAAAUGAUUGGUGGUAUUCAAUACUACGGAAACAAGGUUUUGAAGGACUACAAGGACAAGGAUAACACGCACGUUGAGUACAUUAAGGCCUACUACCAGAACUUCAAAGCCCUCGCAGAAUACCUGAAGAAGCACUUCCCCAAGGGCCUCACAUGGAACAACGAGUCCGGCAUUGACGCACUGGAUGCCCUUAAGCAAGCCAAGGGUGGCCCUGCUCCGACUCCAGCUCCGAGCGGCUCUCUCCCUCCCCCUCCUCCGCCUCCAGUCCCAUCUCUGAAUGUCUCCGGCGGAGGUGCUCCUCCUCCCCCUCCCCCUCCUUUCAUCCCCCCUGCUCCUGCUCCUGCGGCGCCAGCACCCGAUAUGGGUGCUGUCUUCGACGAGCUGAACCAGGGUGAAGGCAUCACUUCCAGCCUCCGGAAGGUCGACAAAUCAGAGAUGACACAUAAGAACCCUGGUCUGCGCGCCGGCUCCACCGUAUCGGAAGGCUCAAGCGCUGCGCGUGCCAAGUCGCCUGCCCCUAACAAGAAGCCCAAGCCUGAGAGCAUGCGUACUCGCAAGCCUCCCCGCAAGGACCUCGAGGGCAACAAGUGGUUUAUCGAGAACUUCGACUCUCCCGGUGAGAUCAUCGAAAUUCCCGCGCAGCAGAACCAGUCCAUCCUCAUCACUCGCUGCAACAAGACCAUUAUCAAGGUGUCGAACAAGGCCAAUGCCAUCGCCAUCGACAACUGUGUUGGUCUCUCCAUUAUCGUCGACUCUCUCGUCAGCAGUCUCGACAUCAUCAAGUGCCCCAAGUUAGCUGUGCAGGUCGACGGCGUCGUCCCCACCUUGUUGCUGGAUCAGGUUGAUGGUGCUGCUGUUUACCUUGGACAACAGUCUCUCAAUACCGAGAUUUUCACUAGCAAAUCAACAGCUGUGAACAUCAAUCUCCCCCCGCCAGAGGGUACUGACGAGGAUACCAAGGAGUGCCCUCUGCCUGAACAGCUGAAGAGCUAUAUCAAGAACGGUGUGCUCGUGAGCGAAAUUGUUGAACAUGCUGGUUGA